AUGCGGUCGCGCUUGGCCGGGUGUUUAUUACAGGCCUCUGGUCUUUCUUCAACUAAAGCUCCACUUGCCCGCACUCUAGCGAGAAGAUCAAUCCAAAGACCAACCCAACAGCGCCUGCCCCUCCGGACCUACUACACAUCUCAUCGCUCUUCCAUGCGCAACCCUGAAUCGGACCCAGACCUCUCAGAACGAGUCAGCAAACGGCGACGAACCUCUUCGCCUAGGCGGAACCGGAAAAGCUCAAAAUCCACCAUGAAUUCCGCCGGGCCCAUCAUAGAGCUCACUCCGAUUGAGAGCACCCUGCGCACCCUUCUUCUUGAUGUUGCUAAGCACGUUGAUAAAGAAAGGAUCACACAAAGUGGCGGCGGUGUGCAAGGCCAAUCCGAGACCAUUUUGCGAUUCACUGGAGGUUGGGUGCGGGACAAGCUGCUUGGGAUUGGAAGCAACGACAUCGAUGUUGGUAUCAGCAACAUGACGGGAUUCCAGUUUGGAAUGGCUCUCAAAUCUUACCUGGAUGUUCCCGGACGCCUUGAGAAGUAUAAGAAGAGCCUUCCACAAAAGGAAAUGCACGAUGCUAUCGUGAGCCUUCACAAGAUUGAAGCAAACCCGGAAAAGUCCAAGCACCUCGAGACCGUUACAACCAAAAUAUUCGGCCUAGACAUUGAUCUGGUCAAUUUGAGGAAAGAAACAUACACAGACGACAGUCGUAAUCCACAAAUGGAAUUCGGCACUGCGGUUGAAGACGCUUUGAGGCGCGACGCGACUAUUAAUGCGCUAUUUUACAAUCUCAACGAGUCACGGUUGGAGGAUUUUACUGAACGCGGACUUGAUGAUAUGAAACAGCGGAUCAUUCGUUGUCCAAUGGAGCCUUAUCAAACAUUCAAAGACGAUCCUCUUCGUGUCCUUCGGUUGAUCCGAUUCGCGAGCAGAUUGGGAUACCGCAUCGAUUCAGAAACAGAGGCAGCUAUGCAAAUUGAGGCCAUCGGUGAAGCUUUGAAGCUCAAAAUUAGCAAGGAGCGUGUGGGGGCAGAGUUGGAAAAGAUGUUACGUGGUCCUGAUCCUCGCGGUGCGCUGGAGUUCCUCGACCGGUUGAAAUUGUUCCAUACUAUUUUUGCCAACCACCAGGACGAUGUCCAAGCGGACACCUCGACGUGGCCUCUUGCAUACAACACGUUGGCACGAAUGCUCCGCUCAGAACCUAGCGACGAUCCAGAGGCUGCGGCGGCCACCAAGCGAGUUUGUGGUAUCCUGUUCAGUGACAAGUCAACUAUCUAUUAUUCCUGGAUGGUUGCGACAUUUUCUCCUUGGUUUUCCAGACCUCCGCGCCCCAUGAAAGGCAAGGAAAAAAGGCCGCCACCCCCACGAGCGGUUGAGGUUGGCAGAGACAGCUUGAAAACUGACAACAAAAACCUCACUGUGCUACGUGCUGCCGCUCUAAACUACGAAGAAAUCACCCAAACAAAAACAGCACUUCUCAGCAACAACAUCACUGGGACCCCCGCAGAAAUACGACAGCGAAUCGGAUUGCUAAUUCGAGCAUGGAACAAGGAGUGGAAGCUUUCAAUCCUUGGGGCUAUUUUACAAGAGGUUAUGGGACAUCGUGACUUCACAGAAGUGGUCCAAGAAUACGACCGGUUCCUUGCAUACAUCGUAGAAAAUGACCUGGAGGAAGUGUGUGACCUUCGGCCAAUUGUAAACGGAGACGAAAUCAUGAAGAGCCUCGGAGCUAAAAAGGGCCCCUGGAUGAGCAAGGCAGUAAACAUGAGUCUUGAGUGGCAGCUGCUUCAUCCCGAAAUUGACGACAAAGAAACGGCGCUGAAGGAGAUCGCAGGCCGCCGAGCGGAAUUGGGGUUGUGA